AUGCGUCGUAGCUGGCGAAGACUUGCGGGUGGUGAACAGCAGCGACGAGAUUCAGUAGAUGUGCCAGUUUACCAUUCGUUGGAUGACACAGUAACAGUUUGCGAUGGCUCGUAUCCGAUGUCAUCAGCGGAAUGCGUAUGCAUCACCGUUGACGACUCGGCGAUCCAGAAGCCGGUACGACGAGUGGCGACAAUACCAAUACGCCAACGGACGUCAGCACACCUUAAGCCGAGGUGGGUGGUCCCGAGACACAGUCAGUUUGUGCAGGAAGAUGCAAACGCGGAUGCGCAUUGCACACAAUCGCUAUUUUCUGGUAGAGGCAACCUUGCCAGCCACAGCUCAGCCUUUUCACCACUUCUAAUUGCACGAUUUGCACCUGCGCCAUUUUCUUCUUGCUGAUC